AUGAAGGCCUCUGUCUAUGUGGUCACCUUCUCCUUUGCCACAGUCAUCACUGUCAUCAUUAUGGCAAUAGUGUCACAGAAUUCAAAGCUGCGGGGAGAGGCCCGAUACAUCCUCCUUUGCCAGCAUCUGCUGUGCAUCUCUUCCUACUGUGGCCUGGGGAUCAUUUUCCAAGGAAUGCGGGCACUCCUGGCCAACAGCCCCCUGCUGAUAUGCUGGGUGGUGUUUGGAGUCAAGCUGAGCGUUGGAGAUGGGAUUCUCUUCACGCUGGCCUUGAUGGCUCUCAACACUUACAUGGCAAUUUGCUGGCCACUGAGAUAUCUGUCCUUUGUAGAUUCAGUUAAGUACAGGAUUCUGGCUGGGACUUGGAUGACCAUUAUACUCAAGAAUGUUUGCUUGUUCGUCAUAGAGGGCACUAAACCCACUGUGAUUGCAGUUUUAAAAUCGGAACCCGUUUGCCCUGUGAUCUUGAACGGCACUCCUGCCAGGGCCACUGGCAUGGUUUUUAUUUUCCUUCUUUUGUCUGUCAUUCUUAUAAGCUACUCUCUGAUAUACCACAAAGGGAAACGGGCUGGCCAUUUUAAUAGGUCAAAUAUCAAAGCAAGGAAAACAGUCCUUAUUCAUUUAGUGCAGAUAAGCUUACAUAUCAUACCACCCCUGAUAUUCAUAGGUUUGGGGAAGGUGUGUGGGGUAUUUUUCUUUGCUUUGAAUCUGGUGGUUUUUGGUGUUUUUGCAUUUGCCCAGUGUUUUAACCCUCUGAUCUACGGGCUCUGGAAUAAAGAGCUGCAAAGCAGAUUACACCACUGGAUGUGUUUUCAGUUAUGGUGUGGUCACACUGCGAACAGCAGAGGGCCAGUUUAG